UACGGUUAUGGUGAGGGCCUCAACUGAGAGAAACCCGUGAGCUACGGUUUAGGCAAGAUUUUAGGAAAUUUCUUGGUUUCCAAAUCAAAGAACAUUGGGAGAGACAAAUCAACCCUCUAAACUCCAACCAACAAUAAACCAACAUUCUUUCUAUUCUAAAAUCUAAUCUUAACAAAAAUGCCAUCUUCUCCAUCUCCAUCUUCAAACCUUGUUCACUUUCUUGCCUCCUACUUCUGGACCUCUGGUCCCACCACUCUGCCCCAGUGGAACCCGCUUUUUUCUUUUCAUCGUCACCAUCGUAACCAAUAUGUUUUCCUUUCAACACCCAUAAAAAGGUUGAUGAGGAUGAAAUCUAUUGGAGACAGAAGAAGUAUGAUGAAGAGUUGGAAUGGUCACAUAAUUCCACUCCUGUGAUAUCGCAGUUAGCUCAAUGUUUCAUUACAAUAGAGGUAGGAUAUCCAUGGAGCUUCACUAUUUCCAGACCUUGAAAUUGCCUUUGUGGAGGUUGGUUGGAGUCACAGAAUUGUAGAGCAAGGUCGUGAACUGUUCGAAGCUCUGUUAUUCAUCAACAAGGAAGACUAGUGCUAUGGUUGGACCACUAUCAUGGAUAGGAGGGCUCUUCAACCGUGCAAACAAUAGACGUAAUGAGAAGUUUAGCAACUACACUUUGACAGCUCGUCAGGAACAAAUACUUAAAAGACUUAAAGAGCGAUUACAAACUCCUUUUGACGAGAAUCGCCCCGAUCAUCAAGAAUCUCUUAGAGCACUAUGGGAUAUUGCCUUUCCAGAUGUUGCUCUGAAUGGAUUAAUCUCUGAGCAAUGGAAAGAAAUGGGAUGGCAAGGUCCUAAUCCAUCAACUGACUUUAGGGGUUGCGGUUUUAUUGCUCUUGAAAACUUACUGUUUUUCGCCAGGACUUAUCCAGCAUCUUUUCGUAGGUUGUUGUUCAAGCAAGAUGGUAAACGAGCAACUUGGGAAUACCCAUUUGCUGUUGCUGGCAUUAAUGUGUCAUUUAUGUUGAUUCAGAUGUUGGAUUUAUUCACAGAUAAACCAAGGUGUCUGCCAGGAAUCAAUUUUGUUAGAAUGUUAGGAGAAGACGAACAAGCCUUUGAUGUACUCUACUGUAUAGCUUUUGAAUUGAUGGAUGCUCAGUGGCUGGCAAUGCAUGCUUCCUAUAUGGAGUUUAAUGAAGUUUUAAAAGUAACCCGGGGGCAAUUGGAGAGAGAAUUUGCUUUGGAAGAUGUUCAUCGGGUGCAUGAUUUACCGGCAUACAACCUGUUGUACCACUAACCUCUUUUCUCUGCAACUCUUUGAGUAAAUGAAACUGAAUAUUUUGAUCCAAAGACCUAUCCAGGAAGAGCUACUCCAGGACAGUAUGUUUUUGAGGUUUUUACAGCUGAUAUUCAUACAGGGCAAUGGACGCUGCUCAAGAUAACAGAGUUUUGUGGAUCAAUUUGGCAGCAAACCCUGCAAAAACUAAAUUGACUGUAGCUAAAUUUUCAGAUUGACAUAGACUCUUGUUAUCUAUUAUUAGCAAUAUUGGCGAUUUUAUGUCGAUCAAUGCUAAAGACCAAAGAUAAGACAACGUCAAUGAUCGAUUGAUUGUCACCUAUUUUGGGUUGCAGUUUCCAGGUAAUGACAUGUUGGAUUUUUGUCAUAAUAAUCUGUUAAGAUAACUUAUGCAGAAAGUUUAGUUUAUUUAGAUGAUGCUGUUGUCAAUAUGAUGCUUAGAUUUUCUAGAUAGCUGCUUAUUUUAAAAGAGUGUAUUUAUUAGCUACUGUAAUUCGCCCCAUGUGUUAAAGGUGAUAUUGCUUUCAAGUGACCA